AUGCUUCCGACUUCGCAACUUGCCUCGCCUCGUGCAAGGCUUCUCCUGGCACGCACUGCCCUCAACUCUAGCCCGCUGGCCUCUGCGCAGUCCCAGGCCAGUCAGCAGUGCCGGCAAUUCUGCGGUUUCGACCUGGGACGUCGACGCAACCGCAUCUCUGCCUUGAAAUAUAUCGUCUCCCUCAACCGACGACUCUCGUGGGAGAACCCCAAGUUCAAGGCCACUGCCUCUUCUGGGAAAUACACCGAUCCAAAGGACAUCAAGUCAUGGUCGGACGACUUGUCAGGGGCUCGGCCUGGCCGCAACAUCGAGGACGUCGAGCGAGACGCCAUCAACCGUCUCUUCCACCACAAGGAAGGCGGCGAAUGGCACCCAUUGCAAAACAUCCGAAACUACCUGCACUCGACCCACCGAUCCAACAAAGUCACUGCUGAGAGCGUUCUACGAGCCACUGCGGGCGACGCCCUCAACUUUAUUGAUCCCAUCACCAAUCGCAAGGUGUCUCGCGUAGAACACACCGCAUACUCGGCAACACAGUUUGACGAUCCCAACGCACCUCGAAAGCUGACCCCGGAAGAAGAGUCGAAGCAAUACACAGACCUUGGCGACUACAAGCCCGCCAAGUGGAACGAGCCUGAUGGGCUGCCUCAUCUGACUCCUGAGGAACGUUCCAAAAUCUACGAGGACUUGCCAGAGUAUUCAAAAAUGAAGAUUGAUGACCCGAACGCGCCCCGAAAACUGACGCCUGAGGAAGAGUCCAAGAACUACGAAGACUUGGACAAGUAUAAGCCCGUGACGUGGAACGAGCCUGACGGACUUCCCCAGCUCACUCCCGAAGAGCAGUCCAAAAUCUACGACGAUCUCGACAAAUACGGCCCUGUCAGGUGGCACGAGCCAGAUGGCCUGCAGGAGAGAUCUCAGGAAGAAAAGUCCAAGGAUUACAAGGAUUUGCACAAAUAUGGCCCCGCCACCUAUGACGAGCCUGACGGUCUUCGCCGCCUGACUCCGGAGGAAAAGUCCAAGGAUUAUACAGACCUACAUGCCUACGGCGGCCCUUUUACUUGCAGGGAAUCCGUCCUCAAGGACUAUGAGGCUCUGCAGAACGACCCCACACCCAAGGCAGAGCCCAUUCCCGCUAAAGUCGAGGUGCGAGGCAACACUCUACCUCAGUACGACGACCUGGACAAGUAUGGACCUGUCCGCUGGCAUGAGCCAGAUGGCCUUCGCCCAUUGACCCCCGAAGAACUCUCCAAGGAUUACGAGGACCUCCACUUAUAUGCGCAGUAUCCCAACGGUGGCCCCAAGACUCCUCGAAUUCAUCCCGAGGAGGCAUCCAAAGCGUACCAGGACUUGCCCCAGUACUCUGCAUUCCCCAAUAACGGACCAGCGGUGGAAAGAAUUCACCCGGAAGAAGCCUCCAAGCAAUACAAGGACCUUCCCGCCUAUGCCAUCGAUGGUUACGAAGAGCCGGAAAAGACACGCCACAUCCACCCCGAGGAGCUGACCAAAAACUACACCGACUUGGGCAAGUAUGAGCCGCAGACAUUUGACUCUCCCGACAAGCCUUAUCCUAUCCACCCUGAGGAGGCGUCCAAGGCAUACAAGGAUCUCCAUGGUUACAAUGCGGCCCCUCGAGAUGUGGAGAGCGAGGUGAAGUUUCAUGAUGUUGUCGCUGCCAGCCUUGAAUCGUACGACGCAAAGGAGAGGCUUCAGGCAGACAUGGCAGCCUCGGCCGGUAGACGUGGCGGGAGCAACAUCAUUUGGGAAGCUGAAAACUCCCUCGAGUCACUAACAGCGGAUGAUAUCCGAAGCCAGGUGCUGAGGAGGGCCAAUAUGGGUGAAGAGAUGGCUGCCGAGAAAGAGGAAGCCGAGAUGGAAUUGAGUUCUAUGGAUGAAAGUUUUCCCAGUGAGUUGUCGAAGCCCGAACCCGAACCGAUCGAACGCACCACCAGCGAGCUGGCCCAAAUGCGCGCCGAGAAGGACCCGUACUCUAACGAUCCAAAGGGACUAGAAACAAGCUACUCUGAGGAAUGUGGUGCAGAGACGGUGGAGGCUGUAGUCAAGCACUACGAGCCCGCCGCGACGACGGUAACAGAUGAGCCAGUCACGUACAAGAUCCUCGCCUACGACUCAUCCACCAGAUCUGUUAGCGUUGCCGAGACCACAUCCGACGACCAUGACGUUUCUUCUCCCCCCAAGCUGACGGAUGUGCUGCUCCGGCUGUCACACGCGUCCAAGUUUCUCCCUUACUUUAAGCCCCUGCAGGAACACGGCUACGACAUUGUGUCGGGCGGCGGCGACGUGCUCAUUUUCCGCAAGAACCGCCCUGCCUCGCCCAACGCCAGCGACCUCCCUUUGGAGCUUCCCAGCAACCCGGCUCGCAUCAACCCCGUCGACAUGAUGGGACAGUCUGUGACGGGCAACUUUGCCAGCCCCACUGGAUUCGUUAACUACGACAGCAUCGAGGAUGGCCACAGGAAGCCAGCACCGCCCCUUCGCAGCAGCAAGCAGACGCAGAGAGGCGAGGCUGAGCGUGAUGGAUCAGUUGCCCCGAAGAAGAAGAGAAGCUUUGGCAAGAAGGUGGUGAUGGGCACCGUCUGGGUGGGCGGAGCGGCGUAUGCGGUUGGAGCUCUGGCAGAGCACCUCUCUGCUGCUGGCAAAUGA